UUUUUGCCUUUUUUGGUGAGGAAGACAUGCUCAGCAUAUCCUCAACAUUCCAUCUCACUAUUUAGUUCUUCUCUGUCUCUCUCUGAGGUCUCAAUGAUUUCUCUUCAAUCUUUACAGCUUCAAGACCCUUAUUACUAUUGUCAGCUUCCUGCAGGACUAAUUCUUGGUUUAGUGAGCUUCUCUUUAUCUGGUGCAUUGGUGGGAUUUUGGGCUGAGGGCAAAAUAAAAACACGAAAUGGUUAAAUCGUACACGCAUGAGUACAUUUACAAGCACCCAUGGGAGCGGGUAACUUCUGCCUCUUGGCGCAAGUUUACUGACAAUGAGAACAGGCAUCUCUUAAACCAUAUCCUUGAAGUUGACACACUGAGCUGCAAGCUUGACCCGCUAUCUCAGAGGCUUUUUAUCACUCGUGCAGUCACUACCCAUUUUCCUGGACCAUGGUUCAUACGCAAAAUUGUUGGUCAGGACAUCUGCCACUGUAUUGAAUCAACAAUCGUUGAUGCACAGUCACGGUCAAUGCAGCUCACUUCUCGAAAUUUCAGUCAUCAGAAGUUCGUAGAAGUGGAGGAGAAGAUCCGAUAUGAACCCCACCCUGAUAAUCCAAAUGAGUGGACACUUUGCCGGCAGGAGACCAGUAUUAACAUAAAGCCAUUAUCAGUACUGGCAUCAAUGGCAGAAAAGGUGGAGGAAAGAUAUGCUGAGAAGGUAUUGAAGUACGGUGCUACAGGUAGAGAUGUUAUGGAGAGGAUCUGUAAGUAUCUUGAAGCUGAAUCUAGAGGAAUUGCUUUCCAAUCCUAGCUUGCACAUGUUGAAGCUGAAAACCUGUCUUUCCUUGUUUCAGAGCAAAAUCCUUGUUAAGAAGUGCAUAGGGAUUUUAUGUAAAGUUAAGACCUUCAAAGCUGAAUAAUUUCAGGAUUUAUGUUGACUCAAAUCUCCAAAAUCUUUUAGCUAGUUCAA